CUAGACGUCAGCACCUCUCCACAUCUCCUCUGCUUCUGUUCGCAGUCAGCCAGCUCGAUCUGGAUCGAUGUUCAAUGGGAUGGACUGAAAUCAGCUGGCGCUCUCUGAGAAAGAUCCGCCUGCUCAAUGCAAACCUCUGCCCAGCGUGUUUUUCUCAUUUAUGUGGCAGACAAGUUCAGAAGAAACUUGGUGUUCCGGAUACACCAGUCUCUUCUUCUGCAUCACUUUCAAGCCCCCCUCUUUUUUUUUUCUUUUUGCACUUUUUUUUUUAUCGACUGAUACCUUUUGAGUGCGUAUCGCGCCAUGUCCUUCAGUCGGACUGAGGUGGACCAUGAAGUUAUGGGAUAGCCUGACCACUUGUUUGAUUCUGCUCAGUGCAGUGAGGUCCAGCUCGCUGCUCCGAAGCCGACAGCAGCCGGAGAGUCCCCUGGAGGCUCCGCCGGUUCAGAUCCGUCUGUCCCUUCUCUCCCCGGACAUGCGCCCUGCAGAGACAGCAGGCGAACUGGACACAGGAGACAGAUACACCAUGGAGGAGCUUAUCCAGAGUAACAAAAAUGUUAUGGACUUUAUCAAAAUAGUGGUCAGUAGAGUCCGUCGCUCCUCUGCAGAUCCUUCAUACACUUCCACCUCCUUUUCUUCCCACUUCAGCGAAAACUGGAUCAGGACUCGUCACAGAAGAGAGAGAAAGAAGGGAGCAAGGUUGAUGAAGGGCAAAGAGAGAAGAGGAAAUAAAGGAGAAGAAAUGAGCAGGAAGAGUGGAAGACGAGGAGGCGGUGGACAAGGACAGGGCUGCGUGCUCAGACAGAUUCACCUGAACGUGACGGACCUGGGCCUGGGCUACAGCUCCAGUGAGGAGAUGAUAUUCAGGUACUGCUCUGGACCCUGCAGAAAGUCAGAAACCAACUACGACAAAAUCCUCUUCAACCUGGUCAACAAGAGGAGGCUUCCCGCCAAAGACACGCCCUUGCAGGCCUGCUGUCGGCCAAUCGCGUUUGACGAUGACCUGUCAUUUCUGGACGACAACCUUAUUUACCACACUGUGAGGAAACACUCCGCCAGGAAAUGUGGAUGUGUGUAGAAGGAUCUGGUGACUGAAUUUGUUUCAUUCGGAACAAGGUGUUCAGUGGUGUUUUUCUUUACUUUUUAAUGUGAAAACUGUUCUGCAGUGAUUAUGAAGGAAUUCCUGCAAGUGGCGGACUUCAAGUGUUCUUUUUAAUGAUUCAUUUCUACUUUAUUUCUCCUUACAGUUUUUAAUAUUUAUCCUUAAAGAAAAAAGCUGCCUUGCAAUUAUACCCUAUGGAAUAUGUUAGUCACAUAUGAAAAUUUAAGUUAUGAAAUGCAAAAUGUUUUAACUUAUUGAUAUUUAUUACACUUUUAUAGAGGAAUAAAUGUUAUUUAUUGCUGUGAAGGAAUUUCAGACCGUGAUAAAAGUUAAAGCAUUGGGAGGUCAUGUUUAAGGUUUGUUAUAGAUGUCCUGCAAUGUCAUGGAUGCAGCUUUACACUUUACAUCAUCUGCAUUUUAGUCUGUUGUACAUAAAUAGGAGGCAAAAUCAUCACGUUAAAACAACACAGAAAUGGGUUUUUUAUUUACUUUUACAUGAUAAGCAAUAAAGUAAAGACACACUGUUUUAUUGAAACAAAGAAGUCUGAAUUUUGUUGAAUAGGGGUCUG